AUGGAAAGUGCAAACAGUGCCAUAUCCGGUAUCGGUAAAGUGCUUACCACUCCCUUUUCGAUCAAUGACAUUUUGACACGCAAUCACGCCAACGAAAGACGUCUUUCACGUACCGAUUCGGAAUUGGAGUUGUCCGCCGUGAAUAUGCGAAGUGAAGAGUCGCGCUAUAAAUGCAAUCUAUCGAUGUCGGAUAAUGUUUCAAAUCCCAGUCCAUCGGAUAUAAAAAUUGAGUCGUCAAUGAAAUCCAGUAGUGGAUACCGAUCACAUUUCUAUGCAACAGCCGCUGGCAGUUUGGAUAACAACAACCAUGCGGAUUAUAUGUCACACAAGUUGGGCUACUUUGGGGCAGCGGCGGCUGCUUUGGCCGGUGGACGUUCUGAAUGUCCAUUGGAUAUGAGACGUUGUGCUAGCAAUGAUUCCGAUUGCGACUCGCCACCUCCAUCUUCGGGCAAUGCCAGUGGCCAUUAUACAUCACCUGGAAAUGAUGGCUCGUUGUCACCUCUUCAAGAUGACAUGCAAUCUGGAAGCAUGGCCCGCAAGAAGCGUUCUCGUGCAGCCUUCAGUCAUGCUCAGGUUUUUGAAUUGGAACGUCGCUUUGCCCAACAACGUUAUUUAAGUGGCCCUGAACGUUCCGAAUUGGCAAAAACUCUGCGUUUGACUGAAACCCAAGUUAAAAUUUGGUUCCAAAAUCGCCGUUACAAGACCAAGCGUAAGCAAAUCCAACAACACGAAGCUGCUCUAAUGAAUGUCGCUGCCAGCAAACGCGUUCCCGUACAAGUUUUGGUUAGGGAGGAUGGUACCACCGCCUAUGCUCAUAUGUUUCCUCAUGCCGCUGCUGCCGCCGCUUACCCACACGGUUUGGAUCCAACGCUAUUGAAUAUAUACCGCCAUCAAUUACAAAUGGCCUAUGGUGUCGGAGUACCACAAAUGCCAUUCCCCUACUUCCCCUAUCCACAUGCAGCACCAAAUGGAAAAAUUCCUCAACCCAUUCCACCACCAUCCGGCGGUCAUGGUGUCCCCUCGCAGCCACUGAAUAACUCAACCAGCCAUUAUGUGAAUCAUUCGUCAGCAUCUUCAUCACCGACCCACCUAAAUCACUGCACACCGAGCUCAAGUCCCAGUGGCAACAACAGCCACUCCACCCCCAACAAUACUUCCGCCGUCAAAUACGAAUUGUCAUCCAUGGACCAAGAUAGUGAAACUCAAUCGGGGUCCGAAGAUUGUGAAGAAAAUGUUGAAAUCGAUUAG